GCUUUAUUAGGCGAAACAUGAUGUCAAGUGUGUUGACACACACACACAUACUGCCGUCUCGGGAAGACAGAUACUGAUGCAUGCAUGCCCAUUGCCCAUUGCCUUGCCCCCACGACGACAGCAGCAGCACCAACCAAGCCAUCGAAAGGUAAAGGUCUUCCAUAACGCGUAAGCCUCGGCGAUCGCACAGGUACUACGGGGUACGGGCCGCCGGCCGCGCCCCCUCCUUUUUAUAUAUCACAGCAAGAGCACAAGAAACCGAAACAGAGGAACCCAGGAGAAGAGAGGAGGCGGCAGCGGCAGACCCCACCAGACAGUGAAGCGUCGACCGACCGAGCUCCCCGCUGCUGCUUCCAUGGGGAACUGCCUCGGCUCGGAGGAGGCCGAACUGGUGGAGGUCGUGAAGAACUCGGGCCACCAUGGACAGCCCCGAGCAGCUACGACGGCAGCUCCAGCCAUGGUGGCGGCACCCAAAUCCGAGGGUUCCAUGAGCUCAUCAGGGCGCCCCAGCAGCAGCAGGUCUCCUGGCUCGUCCAUGAACAGCAGCGCCACCACGACGGGCCGAAGCGGCAGCACCAGCACCAGCAGCGGCUCGAGGCCCCUCGCGUCCGCCGCCGCCGCCGACGCGUACCACCAGGAGGAGCGGGAGGAGGGGAGGAUCCUGGAGACGCCCGACCUCCGCAUCUUCACCUUCGCGGAGCUCCGGGCCGCGACGCGCAACUUCAGGCCGGACACGGUUCUGGGCGAGGGCGGGUUCGGGCGGGUGUACAAGGGCUGGGUCGACGAGAAGACCAUGAACCCGACGCGCUCCGGCAUCGGCAUGGUGGUCGCCGUCAAGAAGCUCAACCCGGAGAGCGUGCAGGGCGUGCAGGAGUGGCAGUCUGAGGUGAACUUUCUGGGGAGGCUGUCGCAUCCGAACCUGGUGAGGCUGCUGGGCUACUGCGUGGAGGACAGGGAUCUCCUCCUCGUGUACGAGUACAUGCCCAAAGGCAGCCUGGACAAUCAUCUCUUCAGAAAGGGCGGCUCCUUCGAACCAAUGUCGUGGAACCUUCGGCUGCGCAUCGCCAUUGGCGCCGCGCGUGGCCUCGCCUUCCUCCACUCGUCGGAGAAGCAGGUGAUCUACCGAGACUUCAAGGCCUCAAACAUCCUCCUCGACACGAAUUACAACGCCAAGCUAUCCGACUUCGGUCUCGCCAAGAAUGGCCCGACCGGCGGCGACAGCCACGUCACCACCCGGGUCAUGGGCACGUACGGCUACGCUGCGCCGGAGUACGUCGCCACAGGGCACCUGUACGUGAAGAGCGACGUGUACGGCUUCGGCGUGGUGCUGCUGGAGAUGCUGACGGGCCUGCGGGCGCUGGACACGGGCCGCCCCGCGCAGCAGCACAACCUGGUGGAGUGGGCCAAGCCGUACCUGGCGGACCGGCGGAAGCUGGCGCGCCUCGUCGACCCGCGGCUCGAGGGCCAGUACCCGUCCAAGGCGGCGCUGCAGGCGGCCCAGCUCACGCUGCGCUGCCUCGAGGGGGACCCCAGGAGCCGGCCCUCCAUGGCGGAGGUCGUGCUGGCACUCGAGGAGAUCGAGCAGCUCAAGGUGCGGCCCAAGGGCGCGCCGCGGGACCACCGGGACGAAGCAGCGCGGAGCAGCCACGGCCACGGGCGGUCGUCGCGCCCGAGGUCCGGGUCCGGGUCCGGCCGGGCGGGGAGCAGCAGCCACCACCACCAGUCUCCGAGCAUGAGGUAGCUAGCACGGCUGCCGCCGGCCCCGCACUGAUCGAUCUGACCGGCAAAUUUUUUGGAGGGCAUCUCCCGGCGAGUGGAAGAUGGUAGAUGGAGCAUGUUUGCGAGGUGCUUUGGUCGCUGUUGCUUCUGCUGCUGCAUGCAGAAUUGCAGAUUGAUGAGGCCAGAAGGGCCAUGUAUGUCUGUUCGAUCGUAGAUGGCCCAAAUGUUGGCUCUUGUACACAGGCGCAUGAUUCUGGAGGAUAUCUUUCCUCUCAAUCAUCUCCAUUUGCCAGAUUUUGUUGUGUGCAUAGGCUAUGUAGUUUCAGCCUUUCAGGAAUCUACUAGUCCAAUGUAAAAUAAGUCAAUCGCUAUUAAGGAAGAUUGAUAGUUUCAGCCUUUCAGGAAUAUAUACUAGUUCCAUGUAUAAUCAGUCAAUCACAA